AUGCCUAAGCGGCAAUCCCUGCCUGAAAUAAAGCGACUGCUAAAAAGCCAGCCACAUGCAUUUUACAACCAUCCCAUGCUUCUUUCUCAAAUUCGAGAGCAUGGGUGGGGGUAUGCUUAUGAAGAUGUUACAGUAGAAAACACCAAUAAAAAUGCAAAGUACGAAUAUUGUAGAAUACUUCACAAGAUGACUAGAAAAAGGGAAAAGCGUAUAGAAGAGGAUUCGUUGCUAGAUAAGCACACUCCUGCUCGGGUUACAUUCUUAGAUACAGUUAAAAGUAUAGAUGACAUUUCUCAUCGCACGAUAGCAAAGCCAAUAGCAAAAAUAAAAACAAUACUUAAACCAUCCAAAUAUCAAGAGAAUAAUGAGAGUAUAGAUCCAGUUGAGGUGUAUAUAACUCUUCCGCUUGUCUAUCGGGCGCCCAGUAGAUUUUCAUAUACUAAAGAGGAAAUAUUCCAGAAAAAGACAGUGUAUAAAUAAAAUUUCGUUUUA